AAAACCAUGGCUCAACCGAUGGCACAUACAGAAGAAGUAGCUACACCUCAAGAUCAAAAACACACCAAAGUCAAUAUUCGGAACAAUUCCAAACACGAAUUAUCCCUGGCAAGCAGAAAGGUUUGGGAAGGAGAUCAAGAUACUCCUUUCCCCGGAAAAAUCUUGGACGGAGAUGUUUCUGAGUUUACUCACAGUGCAGGGCUUGAGGAGCUUAAGGAGGGUUCAGUUGCUGGUCUUGCAUACAAAAUUCUUGACGAUGGCGAAACGUGGGUCGUUACCUGGAGCAACCCUAGAGGUCAAGACAGCCAGGUGUACAAUGAUAUCGUGGAUGGGGGAAUUGAUUGGGAUCAAAUAAAAAAGGAGCUUGAUAACAGAGGGGGUCCGAGUCAUGAAGUUGUUAGGUUUGGAUACAGAGCAAGAAUUGUAGUUGAUUCUAUAAAGGCACUCUCACCAACCGUGACUGCAUACGUUGAGCCUUGGCCCUGAUCACAUGGCAGCCUCAUCAUACUAUGUGGCUGUCAAAACUUCAAUAAUAAUAAUAAUGCAAUGCCUGCCUGCAUUACUACUACU